AUGGAAUUAUCGUCGCUAGCGGAUGAAGAAUCAAACCGGAGUGGAAGCGAUCCGAAGCCGAUUGUUUUCAACGCUGGCCAAUCGCCGUCGCGACGUCACUCGAUGACGGAGACUCAGCGGCAGAAUUCAGUAGGAAGUGGUGGCCAACAACAGAAUUCAUCUCCGUCGCCGGACGCCUUCUUACAGGAAAAACCUAGUCAUCAACAUUAUCUAAACGAGUUUCGUGUAGAAGCAUGUCCAUUAUUCAAACAACAUCAGUGUCAACAACAUCGCCCGUUUACUUGUUUCAAGUGGCAUUUUGCAAAUCAGAGGAGACGACGACCAGUGAAGAGGAGCGAUGGCUCAUUCAAUUAUUCUCCCGACAUUUAUUGUGAUAAAUAUGAUGAGAACACAGGGAUAUGUCCUGAUGGGGAUGAAUGCAUAUUUCUUCACCGAGUGUCUGGAGACGUAGAACGAAAAUAUCAUUUACGUUAUUACAAAACAGCGCAGUGCGUGCAUCCGACUGACUCCAGGGGGCAGUGUGUCAAGAACGGUGCCCAUUGCGCUUUCGCCCACACAGCGAACGAUAUACGUCCGCCAAUGUUCGACCAACACGAAGUCGGAUUUUCGACGGUCGUCGACGGCGAGGGACGCGAUAAGACCAGCUUUGUGAUCGAAGAUCCACAAUGGCACUUUGCAGCACAAGACCACGUACUAUCAUGCUACAAAACGGAGCAGUGCCGUAAACCAGCGAGGCUCUGCAGACAAGGAUACGCAUGUCCUUUCUAUCACAACUCCAAGGAUCGCCGACGUCCACCAGCAUUGUAUAAGUACAGAUCUACACCGUGCCCAGCUGCGAAAACAAUCGAUGAGUGGCUGGAUCCGGACAUUUGUGAGGCAGGGGAUAACUGUCAAUAUUGUCAUACUCGCACUGAACAACAAUUCCAUCCAGAAAUCUAUAAAUCGACAAAGUGCAAUGACAUGUUGGAGCAUGGAUACUGCCCACGAGCAGUCUUCUGCGCAUUUGCUCACCACGACUCUGAGCUCCAUGCACAAAGAAAUCCAUACGUAGGAAGUACCCAACCAAGUCCAAAGGAACAGUGCAGCCCAUCUCCAAAUGGAUUUAGCAUUCCAACUGAGCAAACCCGUUUUGAGUCCCCAAUCAAUGGAGCACCAAGCUACUCAUCAGUUCUCAAGACCAGAGUUCCAAUCAAGCAGAACUAUGCUACAACUGAUAAUAUCAUCUCUAACAGUUAUCCAAAAGCUCCAGGUUUUGAACGUUCCCCCAUUGUUGGCAGUUUUGAGUACCAACCAAUCGGAAGAGGAGGAGAUCAAAGAAAUCGAACUCAUUCUCUCAACAUGGGACACUUGGAUAUGCUGAAACGAAGCAUGAUCAUUACUGGUGGUCUAUCUGCACUCGAUUCUGGAAAUCCCGCAUUGACUUCUCACUCUUCACUGUGCAGAUCUGACAGUGGAUUCAAUGUUGUUAAUGAUACAUCGCUAGGAACCUUGGAUGAAUUGAGUCUUGACCUUCCUAGGAUUGAUGAAACCGGAAACCAAUUCAACUUGUUCAAUGAAGUCCGUAACGCUUCACUGGACCCAUACGGCAACUCCGGCGGAUUUUUUGGGCAGUCAGAGCAGAUGCAAAAUGAUAUUUUCAGCAAUUCAUUCGAUCCAAACAUGUUUCCACAGGACUAUCCACAAGACGGAUACAACGACUACAUGAAGCCGAUUAAGAACGAAGAUUUCAAUAAUUUAAAUGAAAAGUGUCAGUAUUUGGAGGAUGCAUUGAAGCAAUCAAGACAAUCUUGCGAUAUGUGGAGAAUGCGUUUUGAAGGGGAGUGCAUGGAGAAGAACAGACUUCUAAAUGAAAGAAAUAACUUGCUACAACAAAUCGAGCAGAUGAAACACCCAAUUCCGCAAUCUCCAUUCAUGGCACCAAUGGGAUCACCACUCUCUAUUAGUCUGCCACAAGAUAAUUAUGACGGCGGGAUCCGUCCAUCGGCUAGUCUACAACACAGCCCUCCAUACAACAUCUUUGGGAACGAAUGUGAAACCGGUGCACCUGCCUGCGCACGUUGUGGACGUGACCGUUCCCGUACUGGAUACGACAACCAAAGCUCCUGUCCAGUGUGCUCCAAUUAG